AUGAAAGAUUGGAAGUCACAAACAGAAGAUUUUAACCAAACAACUCAUGAAUCAUCUGGAAAAGAAACAAGUUCAGGUGAACAUACACAAUAUCCACAAAAGUUAAGUAUAUUGGAUGAGCAUAAGAAAACUGCUCAAACAUUAAAAGAAAUGCUUGAAGAAAUACUUAAACUAUUAAGAAAUUGGAUUGUAAAGAAUGACAAAGAUAGUGAAACUGAAAAAACGAAGAACAACGAAACAAGUGCAGCUGUACAAACAACAGAACCACCAAAACAGACAGACAAUAACGAAACGUUACAAGCUGAAGAAACCACAGUUGAAUCUUCGAACAAUCAAUCUGAUGGCGUAAAAUUUUACACUUUAAACGGGUUCACAUUGACCAUCAUUAAUGAAGCUCAAGAUUUCGGUCAAGAAAUCCAGGAACGUAUCUUCGAUACAUUUAACAAAGUUUAUCCAAAGAUGCGCGAACGAUUUAAUAAAGAAGCUACAAAAAAUGUGACAUUAAUUAUUGUUCGAAAAUUCAAUGAAACAGCUCAUACAUCAAAUAAAACUAUUAAAAUACAUUCCGCAUAUUUCAAAGAAACACCACUAGAUACAGACACAAUUACACACGAACUGAUGCACGUCCUUCAGUCGUCAUAUCCCAAUUUUGAACAGACAUGGCUUAUCGAAGGAAUUGCUGACUAUGCACGUUGGAAAUAUGGAUGUGACACUCAUCAAGAGAAACUAACCAAUUUUGAAUCAAAACACAACUAUACUGAUUCUUAUAAGGUGACCGCUCGUUUUCUUGUGUGGUUAGAAACGAAAGUGAAUGAUAAAGUAGUCGAUAGAUUGAACGAAGGUUUACAAAAAAAUCAAUAUCAAAAUGGUACACUAUGGAAAGAAAUAACACAGAAGAGUGUCGAUGAUCUUUGGAAUGAGUAUACAAAGAAUCCCGAUCUACCAAAAUGA